AUGAAUUUCAUCAUCGAACGAAAAGAAUCUUUGAUUUACACACAAAAAAAACAUUGCUUUGAUAUUGAUUGUAGGACUUCACGAUCACUAGAUGACUCUAUUGAUCGAAAACAAGGUUCAACGCAUUUACCUAAAUUUCCUUGCGUUAAUAUGCGAAAACCUGCGGAAUAUACACGGCCAUUAACAAUGAAUGAUGUUCCUAGAAUCAGAUCAUUUAUACGAAGUCGUUACACGACUGAAGCUCAUGCUCAAAUGCAAAAAGAUUACAAGAGAACUCACGAUGAUCUCUAUCGAAUGCAAUUAGACGACUUGGAUAGUUAUCAUAAAUCCAAUCGAGGUAAUAUGAUACGUAUUUAUCAUUCAUAUUUGGAAAAUACACCUGGUUCAAAGAAAGCUCUAAAUGAACUAUGCGAACGUGUAGCUGGUGUCGAUACAAAAUCAUCGAUUAACUCUACAAUUUAG